AGCGGCAGAACAUUGUAGCUACGCAAAAACGCUUUUGCAGCAAUAUGUCAUCUUGAUGCCUACGUUUUAUGGAGAAGAUUGUCAAACAAUGAAUAACCACAAUCUUUCGCAUGUUGCCGAUGAUGUUGAUCUUAUAAGAAAGUCGUUGUCCUCAGUUACGGCAUUUCCUUUUGAAAACUGCCUGGGAUUGCUAAAAUCAAUGAUAAAAGGACCAAAUGACAUAGUUCCACAACUCAUCCAAAGAAUCUCGGAAAUAGAAAAUUGUCCUGAAUCACUGGAAGAAUUUAAAUUAGCAAUAAAUUGCCCUGUUCAGCGAAAACAAAACUCAAUUCAGGAGGAAACUGACAAAUCAGGAGCAAUUGUAUCUUUAACGUUGAGACAAAUGAAGAUUCGAAAUUGUAAACCAGAUAAUACCGUCAUAUUAAAGGACAACACAUUUUUUGAAGUAACUGGUUUCUCAAAGUCGCAAGAAAAUAAUAUAUCUAUAGAAGGGCAUAAAAUCGAAGAUCUAGGAAAUUCUUUCGACUUCCCAUGUGAUUCGUCAAUAUUAGGAAUUCGGAAACUAGGGUUAUGCAGUACGAAAAAGGAGUCAAUAGAUGUCCAAAAAAUAAAAAAUAAAUGUGUCUCUCUGGAGGUAAAAGAAGAAAGGCACGCUUUAAAUUUAUUACAUAUCGACUAAGAAAGAUUAGCAGUACCUCUGUCAGCUCAAAUAUGAAAAUUUUCAAUUUAUGGUGAUUAUCGGACAUUUGGUGAAAAUUAUUUCUAAACUGUACUUCGAGGGAAAAUACAAGCGAAAACUUUUCAACAUUAUUAUAGAAGCUGACCACUUUUGACUCACGAACGAGCAGCGGAGACAAUAAAAAAUAGCUUAUUUUAACUAUUUAUCAAAUAUGACUUUUUGGAUUUUUUCUUCACGUUGCAGUAUCGCAGACAUGCAUGUAUAGAAAAAGUGUCACGACCAAUGAAAUGCCUCUCUGUAUGACAAAAAUCGACGAACCGUUUGCUUGCAAAUUAAUUUUUUA